CAGUGAAAAGUUAGUCGAGGAUUUUGUGGCGCGAAGGACUUACGGCUGUUCAUCUCUUCUCUGUCGACGACAUGGCAAACAAGGCACAGCCUCCUCAUCUUCAUCUGGCCGAGUGCACAGCAUCCCAGUUCCUAGAUAUCUGGAAACAUUUCGACGCUGAUGGCAACGGCUUCAUUGAGGGGAAGGAGCUGGAGAGCUUCUUCAAGGAGCUGGAGGAGGCCCGGAAAGGAGCAGGGGUGGACCCCGCUAACCCCACAUUCAGAGAAAGGAUGAAGGAGUUCAUGCAGAACUUUGACAAGAACAAAGAUGGCCGCAUUGAAUUGUCCGAGCUCGCCCAGAUCCUCCCAACUGAAGAGAACUUCCUGCUCUGCUUCAGACAGUUUGUCGGUUCCAGCGCCGAAUUCAUGGCGGCAUGGCGGCGGUAUGAUACAGAUCGCAGUGGCUACAUUGAAGCAAAUGAACUGCAGGGUUUUUUAUCAGACCUGCUGAAGAAAGCGAACAGGCACUAUGACGACCAGAAGCUCCAGGAGUACACACAGACUAUCCUCAAGAUGUUUGACCUCAAUGGGGAUGGGAAGCUGGGACUGUCAGAGAUGGCGAGGCUGCUCCCUGUCCAGGAGAACUUCCUCCUCAAGUUCCAGGGUGUCAAACUGACCACUGAGCAGUUCAAUGCCAUCUUUACUUACUAUGACAAGGAUGGCAAUGGAUACAUUGACGAGCAGGAGUUGGAGGCUCUGCUACGGGACCUGUACCAGAAGAACAACAAGGAGGUGAACGCGGAGCACCUGCAGGGCUACAAGCAGAGCAUCAUGGCUCUGUCCGACGGGGGCAAGCUCUACCGCAGCGAGCUGGAGAUCGUCCUCUGCAGGGAGCCAAUGGUGUAACUCCCCCUGCCUCUCAACCAAUCAUCAUUCAUCCUGCCUGCCCGACCCUCGCCCCCAUCCCCAGCCCCCCUGAGACCACGCCCGCCUCCAGCAGCCUGGCAUUGGACACCAGGCGCAUGUGCCGGACACGCCCCCUUCAUGUUAACUACUUUGGAAAGAUUUAAAAAGUGCACUGACAGCACCAAGCAGCUGUUCCUCUUGAAACUGUCAUACGUGUAAGGCUAACUCCCCUGUGAUAGCUGAACCACACCUGACCCUGUCGCUUUAUAACCCCCAGGUUCAGGCCUCAGCGCUGCCCACUGCACUCAAUGGUCGUGCAAAUAUAUCUAUUCAUUCAGAUCUACAAUAUGGGUAGCGCCCACAACUACCAAUUCAUAAUGGCUUGUCAACCCAAAUAUUUACUGUAAUCACUAUCAGUGUAACAUUUUGCAUCCCAAACCCACAUCGAUGCCUUACCUUACCAAACACAGACAAAGACCAUUAAAGUCUCAAGAUCCCUACUGUGUACCCCGAUUAUACUCCUUACAUACCAUGUUUUACCCUAUUCCUGCUUCCUGCUUCUAACUUAACGUUGCAAAAAAAAAUAUGAGUGAGUACCAUGCGACAUAACAGGAUACUGUUGUUUUAUCAUACUUCCUUUGAUCCAAUUUAUAGCCAUAGACCUUAUAGGAUUUCUACACUUAUUUCUCCGGACGCCAUCAUCUUCCAUACUCCUCUGUACUUUAACCAUGUUUGGGUUUAAUUUCUAACAUUGAGUUUUGGCUGAUACUAGCAAUGGAAAACAAUAAUAAAAGACAUC